AUCACCCACCUCGUCAGCAUCUCUGCGGAACCACGGCGAAUAAUAGUUGAGCGUCUUCUCGGUCACGUCUUUGGAUGAAGGAUGCAAAUCGGACCUCUCACCGGACUCCGAGGGCGACGGAGCGGCUUUUGAGCGCUUGCAGGGAAUCGACUGCUCCUGCGCACCGGCAACAUGUCGCUUCGCAAGAGCGAGUCCUCCAAAGAUUGCAAUGCCACUGACGGUGCGCCAAAACUGCCGCUGCCCGUGUUGAAGGACACAUUGGACACCUACCUGAGAUGUGUGAAACACCUGCUCGCUGACGAGCACUUCCGAAAAACCCAGGAGGCGGUGAAGCGCUUCGGCGCCCCCGGAGGUUUGGGGGAGCUACUGCACUGCAAACUGCUGGAGAGGAGGGAGAAAAAGGCCAACUGGGUGUACGACUACUGGUUGAACGACAUGUACCUCAGCAACAGACUGGCGCUGCCGGUCAACUCCAGCCCCGCCAUGGUGUUCCCGCUCCAGAAUUUCACAGCUCCCAUCGAUUCUCUGAGGUUUGCUGCCAACUUGAUCUCUGGAAUUCUUGAGUACAAAAGUCUGCUUGAUGCACAUGCGUUACCUGCCGAGUACGCCCGAGGUCAACCUGCCGGAAGCCCACUUUGUAUGGAGCAGUACUAUCGGAUCUUUAGCUCCCACCGCCUGCCGGGCCGGACGAGGGACACGCUUGUGGUGCGCGACGGUAGAGCGACGCCAGACCCAGAACACGUCAUUGUGGCUUGUAAGAACCAGUUUUUUGUGCUGGACGUGAUGAUCGAUUUCCGGCAUCUGAACGACCGAGACCUCCUGACCCAGCUGAAGAGGAUUGCGAAAAUGGCUGACAACCAAGACGAGCGCCAGCCGCCGAUCGGUCUUCUCACCUCCGAUGGCCGCACGGAGUGGGCGGAGGCUCGCGCCGAGCUCAUAAGAGAGUCGACCAACAGGGAUUCUUUGGACCAGAUGGAACGCUGCCUGUGUUUGGUCUGUCUGGACGACGGCAGCAAGGCCAAGCUGACCGACGCCGCUCGGGCCAUGUCGAUGCUGCACGGGGGAGGAGCGGCCGUGAGCGGGGGCAACCGGUGGUACGACAAGAGCAUGCAGUUUGUCGUAGGAGCUGACGGCUGCUGCGGAGUUGUGUGUGAGCAUUCGGCGUUUGAAGGGAUCGUUCUGGUGCAGUGCACGGAGUACCUUCUCAAAUACAUGAUCCGCAGCCCUUCCGAGCCGGUCCGGGCUGCGAGUGUGACCGAGCUGCCAGCACCGCGACGACUCCGCUGGAAAUGUACCCCGGCUGUCCAUCAACUCCUCGCCUCAUCUGUGGACAGACUCCACAGGCUUGUGAGGAAUCUCGACAUGAACGUUCACAAGUUCCACCAUUACGGGAAAGAAUUGAUCAAGAGGCUGAAAAUGAGUCCAGAUGCCUUCAUUCAGGUGGCUCUUCAGCUGGCGUACUACAGAUGUCACGGCAGAGCAGUUUCCACCUAUGAGAGCGCCUCCACACGUCGCUUUAAGGACGGCCGAGUGGACAACAUUCGCUCGGCCACGCCGGAGGCCCUGGCCUUUGUUCGAGCAAUGACCGACGGGAACGUGAGCGCAUGUGAUGCAAAGAUGGAGUUGUUACAAGCCGCCAUAGCAGCACAGACAAAGAAUUCGACACUGGCUCUCAUGGGGCUGGCAAUAGACAAUCACCUACUGGGAUUACGCGAGAUGGCACAAGAUCUGAAGAUUGAGAAGCCGGAGAUUUUUCAAGAUGAGGCCUAUCGUAUCAGUAAUGAGUUCAUUCUCUCCACAAGUCAGGUACCCACCACUAUUGAGAUGUUCUGCUGUUACGGACCCGUGGUCCCGAAUGGAUACGGGGUGUGCUACAACCCUCAGUCGGACCAUUUUGUCUUCUGCGUUUCCAGCUUUAGGGAGAGUCCCCACACGUGCUCGUCACAAUUUGUCAAAAGUCUGGAGCGGGGCCUAUUAAACAUGAGGGAUUUGUUUCACAAAUGCAAUCUGCGUGAGCCAAGACAGAGUCCUACCCUGGAGCGACCCUCGGAGAUCCCGGCUGAUCGGAGCAAGAACCAGGAAGCGCUGCCACUUGCUCUUGUGAAGACACUGAGCCAGACCGAACUGCAAUCGGGAGGUAAAGCGUAAGAAAUACUGGAGAUGGUGCAAUACAACUUGGAAGCAUAACUUUUAAAAGCGUACGUGCCAUAAUAACUCUCGAUAUAGAAACAUUACUACAGCGAUACCGUUUUUCAAGUUGCGAUGUAACUUGGUCGAUAUUUGUAUUUUUUUUUUGCUGUCGUGCUGCAAGCCAAUCGAUCGUCCUGUGCCUCGUCCACUUGAACAAAUGAAAGCCUCGCAUCAAAUAGACGCCUCCCGUCCGGAAAAGGGGCGGGGCCACUGAGUUGAUCCGAUCGCCUUUACGACAGCAACAUCAAGCGCUCCAGUUUGAUUCAAAUGACCAAAACACACAUCGGCAUGGUCUUGCAGCCGUGCGGCCGAGUGCAAAUUUAAAGAGACAUCUUAAUCUUAUCAAAGUGCCUCAAACAUUCCUUGUGGCUUUCUCACAAGUCCGGAGAGCGAAAAGCUGUCACGAACAAAUUAGUGCUGCCUCCAACUGUCCUGCAUUAUUGAUGGAAACCAAGAAGAAAAUGACACACGCUAAUGUAACAUAAGACCCUUUUAUAUUCCAUUACCAUUGCGCAAUAACACGGACACACUGUACCCAUUCAGCAGUUUGGUAGCUCCGCCCAUACACACGGUACAAACAAAGGCCGACUUCCAAACACCUCCGCAGUCGCGUAAACACCCACGGCGACUAUUUGAGGAAAUACAGGAAUAAAUCCGGUCUUUAGAUGAUAUAUUGUCACAGUUAUUGGGCUGUAAUAAAGGGCCAGUUGUUUUUCUGAAAACAAUAAACAGAGGAAAUUGGUAUCGGUGCAUUUCUAAAGUGCGGAUAACAAUAAAUGGAAUACUUUUGUCAUUGAAUUGUUUUUCACAAACAAAAUCAUUUUAGUUUUUUUGUUAUAAGGCCAAGAGUAAAUGUAUAAUUAAUCAGUAUUUCCCCCAAAAUGUACAUCACUGCUUUUAUGUUAGGACUGUACUGUGUCGUGUCUGUGAAUCAAAUCUAUUUAUUUUUGUAUAUAAGGCCGAGUUUACAUGUGCAGUUGAAAACAAAAGUCUGUGAUCACUGUUCUAAUGUGUAUUUUAUGUAUAAUAAUAAAUGAUGGACUUAAGAUUGUACUUGCUGUUCAUAUUAGCUGGUGUAUGGUCAUAAAUAAAUAAACACAUCAUUGUACCGGCAUUACCAGAUAACUAGCAACCCUUUACUGCUCAGUGACUGUUUUGUUUUUCUGUCUCCAGAGUGUUCUCUGUCAAUCG